CACGCUGAAAAAAAGGUAAGCGCGCAAUUUCCUCUCAUUCAAACUCCACCUGGCGUCCUCUGCGCCAGUUUCUUCCUCCUCCUCCUCAUCUCUUCGAGAGGCGAUAGCGGCAAUACCUCUGCUCUGCCCAGCGGUUCAUCGAUCCCUCCCCCGAUUCUUGCUCGUGGCCUCCCGGUGAACGGCGUGCCAUCGUCGGAUUUCGAGGCCGGCCGAUCUGGUAUUGUUUGGUACCCAUUGUUCUUUGGGGGAGCGAAAGCGAAAACCCUAGCUUCUUGGAUUCUUUCUCAUUCUUUCAUUUGAAACGAGGGAUUCGCUGGAUGAAAGCAGCAAUGAGCUGGGGUAGGAGAGGGGUUGCGAUAUAGAAUGAUUUAUUUUUUCUUGAGCAAUACGGUGGUAGGUUGCGAUAUAGAACGAUGAAUCGGGAAUUUGGAUCAAGACGUAAGGGGGAGGGGGAGAUGAAUCGAGAAUUUGGAUCCAGACGUAAGGAAGAAGGGGAUGUGAAUCGAGAUUUGGGAUCGAGACGUAAGGCAGAGGGGGAUAUGAAUCGAGAUUUGGGAUCAAGGCGUAAGGCAGAGGGGGACAUGAAUCGAGAUAUGGGAUCAAGAAUUAAGGGAGAAGGCGAUAUGAUGAAGAGAAAAAAAGAGAAGGCGAAGGCGAUAUAUGAGGGAUGGAUGGUUCGAUAUGGGCGUAGAAAGAUCGGGAAAUCUUAUCUCCACAUGCGAUACUUCGUUCUUGAGCCCAGGCUUCUUGCCUAUUACAAGAGGAAGCCCCAAGAUAACAUGGUGCCACUCAAGACUCUAGUUAUAGAUGCGAAUUGCAGGGUUGAGGACAGGGGCCUUAAAACACAUCAUGGGCAUAUGGUUUAUGUUUUAUGUGUUUACAACAAAAAAGAUAAGUAUCAUCAACUCACGAUGGCAGCAUUCAACAUCCAGGAGGCUUUGAUGUGGAAAGAAAAGAUUGAGCUUGUCAUUGAUCAGCAACAUGAUUCAUUGAGUGCUUCUGGUAAUAAAGCCCUUGCUUCAUGCGAGUCUGGUGUAGACAGUGGAAAGAAUGCUUUUUCCUCUGACCAAGAAAGUGUGAAUAGUCUGGAAGAUGAAGAUGAGGGCAAUCGUGGUUUAGCACGGAGAAUGACAAGAGGAAAUGGUCCCUCUGAUUCAAUAGUUGACUGGAUUCAUGAGCCUGAUCUAGGGCAUUCCAACCAGAAUAUCAUCCAGCAAGUUUUCUCUAGAAAGCAUUGGCGAUUAAUCAGAUGCCAGAAUGGGUUACGCAUUUUUGAAGAACUUCUGGAAGUUGACUAUCUUCCAAGAAGCUUCAGUAGGGCGAUGAAGGCUGUUGGUGUGGUGGAUGCCACAUGCGAAGCUAUAUUUGAGCUUGUAAUGAGUAUGGAUGGAACACGCUUUGAGUGGGAUUGCACUUUUCAGUAUGGUAGCCUAGUUGAGGAGGUUGAUGGACACACUGCCAUACUGUAUCAUAGACUACAGCUGGACUGGUUCCCAAUGUUUGUGUGGCCCCGUGAUCUUUGUUAUGUGCGUUAUUGGCGACGUAAUGAUGACGGAAGCUAUGUUGUGUUACUUCAAUCUAGAGAGCAUGCUAACUGUGAUCGUCAGCCUGGAUUUGUGAGAGCUCAAAUUGAGAGUGGUGGAUUUAAGAUUUCACCCCUUAAAUCUCGCAAUGGGAGAUCUCGAAGUCAAGUUCAGCAUCUUAUGCAAAUUGACCUUAAGGGUUGGGGUGUGGGCUACAUUCCAUCAUUUCAGCAACAUUGUUUACUUCGGAUGUUGAGUAGUGUUGCUGGGUUGCGUGAAUUCUUUUCUCAAACAGAUCAAAUACACACAGUCCCAAGGAUUCCAGUCAUGGUCAAUAUGACUAGGUCUAGUUCUUCUAAGAAGGAUCAGAAAUCUCAGGAAAUUAAUGUUCACCCUGGCCCAUCAUUGGAUCCAAUACUUGCUGGUAGCAGACAAUCUAUAUUAUUAGAUGAAGACUCUGAUGAUGACGAUGACUAUCAAAUUCCUGAGGCUAUACCCGAGGCAUAUGCAAUCAAGACUGAAAAUGAUGUUAAGCAAAUAGUUUUGGAUGAGGAGCCUUUGGAUCAAAUUGAUUUAUCCUGCUUUUCUGGCAAUUUAUGCCGGGAUGACCAUGAUAAUAGUCGUGACUGCUGGAGUAUACCUGAUGGGAAGAACAUUAAAGUCCGUAGCAAAAAUUUUCUACAGGACAAGUCCAAGAUACCAGCAGGGAAGCAUCUCAUGGAACUUGCAGCAGUUGAUUGGUUGAAGGACACAAAAAGAAUGGACAAUGUUGCAAGACGAGUUGGCUGCGUAGCCCAAGUUGCCUCUGAGAAAGGACUAUUCUCAUUGAUCAUAAAUCUACAGAUUCCAGGAUCAACCAAUUAUAGUAUGGUCUUCUAUUUUGUAAUGAAACAACUGGUACCAGAAUCAUUAUUGCAGCGUUUUGUUGAUGGUGAUGAUGAAUUUCGUAAUAGCAGGUUCAAGCUCAUUCCAUCUGUUCCGAAGGGCUCCUGGAUUGUGCGCCAAAGCAUUGGAAGCUCCCCCUGUUUAUUGGGGAAAGCAGUUGAUUGUACAUACAUUCGUAGACCAAAGUACUUGGAGAUAGAUGUUGACAUUGGUUCAUCUACAGUAGCCAAUGGAGUUUUGGGGCUUGUAUUAGGUGUAGUUACAUCAUUGGUAGUUGAUAUGGCAUUUCUUAUACAGGCAAACACUUCUGAAGAGCUUCCAGAGCAGCUUAUUGGUGCAGUUAGAGUGUCACAUCUUGAGCUGUCAUCUGCGAUGAUUUCAGGGCUUGACAAUAGUCCUGAUGAUUCAAUUCAUUAGUUGAUUAUAGACUCCCCCCCAACCUGAUAUUCUUUUUUUUCCUGGGCCAUUAGUAAUGGCAUACAUGACUCCACGCAAAGAUUCAAUGCAGCAAUUUGGCUCCUGCCAAAUAAUCUAUACAUGUUAUGUUGCACUUUGAAGAUCAUGCAAGUCCUUCACUUCCUAUACUGUUAGUGAGAUAAGAGGUCCAAGGUUUGACUGAACAGGUUAUUUUUACCUAUGAAGGUAUUUUGUAACAUAUGUUGAAGUAACACCCGUCUUUUUCUGCUUGCGGACAACAUUGCGAUAUCCAUCUGGAUAUAAAAUUUUUACUUCAUGUUA